UUGUUUCAGGAGGGGAAGAGGGAAUGUAUGGGUGCCAUUUUUAUUUCUAGAAGUUGAUAAAUUGAAGUCAUGGAAUCAUGAGUGAUCUUUUAUCUUAAAUAGCUUUAAUGAGGCCUCAUUUUGGCUACGUUCUUCUGCUUCUAGCAUCUUUGCUUGAUUAGUUUUAGCAUCAUUUUUUCUAUGCUUUCAUUUCAUGGCGCAGUCUGUAAACCUUUUUUUCCUCCAACUUUAGGGCACAGCUUGUCUAGUUUGACCUGCGUAGAUUUUUAGGCCAAUAGUUAUAUUGGUCAUUAUGAAAUGGAAUUAGUUGUUCUUGAUGAAAUACUUGAUGUGUUGAUAAUUUCUAACUGAUUUUUUAUCCCUCUCUCCUACUUUUUAUUUAUUUAUUUAUUAUUUUUAUUUAUUUUAAAUCUUAUAUUUAUCUUGACAUCACUGUGUGAGGCCUUCAAUCAGGAAACGAUAUUCUAGAAAGGGCAGUAAGGGGAAAUCACACUCUACAAGUUAGUUUUGUAACGCAGAAUAGGAAAGGAAGAGGGGCCCAAUAAGGAUGUGGGCUAUAUAUACGUCUGGGAGUGAGGAAUGUUUCUUUCAAUGCUUUUUGUGAAUUUUCUCUUGGUUGCAAGAAAGGAGAGAUUACCCACCUUCACUAAUCAAUUUUGUAUCGCCUCAAAACUCAACUUUCCUCUGUUUAUCAAUAUAUAGUAAGGGAGAAACCUUACACAAUGAUUGGCUCAAGUGCUUGCACUAAUCAUGGGCUAUCCUCUGUUUUGUCAUAUUGCUCUCAUUAUUUCAUUACCCCUUUCUCUCUGUCUUUCCAAAUUUUAUAUAAUGGCUCUUAAUGUAGUUAGGAUGCAAGCACAAACGCUGGCCCCACCUGAUAUGCUAUGCAAAGACAAGUUCUUAAUCCAGAGCACAGUAGUUCCUGCUGAUACAACUGAUGUGGACAUAACCUCUACCUUGUUUGCCAAAGAAGGUGGGAAGUACAUCGAAGAACAGAAGUUGGGUGUAACCCUUGUUAGCCCAUCCAUUUCUCCAGUGGUUUCCCCAGUUGAUGAAGCAUUAAAGGAGGAGGAAGUGGCUCUUGCAGUUACAGAACCAAAUAAUCUAUGUAAAGCAGUGGAGGAGAUUGUAGACCAGGAACCUUUAAACAAAAACCAUGUUCCCGGCAAUGCUACGGAGCCUAGAGAUGUCAAUGAAGAGGAGCCUGAACCAUCAUGUUUACCUAAUGACUUCAUAGAUGGCAAUGAGGAGAAUCUGGAAAUGAUAAAGCAUCUCGAGGAGUUGAAGUUAAAGCUGAGUGAACUCGAGUUGAAGCUUUGUCAGGCUCAAAAUGCCAUUUCAAAGCUAAAGGAGGAGAAGCAAAUAAGCAUCCAAGAAACCAAAUUCUUGAAGGAGAAUUUUUCGGAGUUGAGGAAGACAGAGCUCAACAAAGUUCAAGUUGGCUUUCCUGUUCUGUAUCUCUACAUGGUGGCAAUUGUAUGUACUUUUCUAGGACGCCUCUUGAGGUAGUAAAGAUUUCUCGUGUUAUUAUAUGAGUGUCAUCUUCUGCAUAAGGAGGGAUUGGUAUAUAGCUUUGAAGUUAGAAUAAUUGUAUAGGUUCUAUUCCCCUUAUGGCUCCCUCCCGGUUUUCGGAUACCGCUUCUGUUGUGAAGUGAAUUUGAACAUAACUUAAUUAGUUCGACAUUAAUGUCACUCCCAACUUGAGUAUGGCAUAAUGUGGGAAGUUAUCGAUGCUCACGAGUCUGAAUUGAUAUACAUUUUAGAUGUGUUAUAGUGCUAAUAUUAAUAUUGUUAUAUUAUUGUA